CAGACAUGUAGACACUGCCUUUUAAAAUAGUAUGUGUUAUUGUUAGGCAGAGCUUGGGCUUACAUUUCAUUAGCUUUUUCUCAGACCACUGACACUCUCAAGUUGAGGGGUCACUGCCUUGUGAGUUGGUAUUAGUAUUAAUUAAUUAAUGAAUAAUAUCAGUAUGAAAAAAAAAAACUAGCUGAAUCGAAAACAGUCAGUUAAGCCUACCUGUACCUAACUUAUUACUUAUUAAAUUAAACUUAAGACUUAAGUCAUUUGUCACUUAUCUCAUUAUUAUUUUAAGUACAUUAAUACUAAUAGUCAUUAAAAACAAGAACAUCACUAUCACUGAAUCACUAAUAAAUAAAGUCUGUGGUAAAGUGUUAAAUGAUGAAUGCUGUUUAAAUCUAAUUUAACGUAUUUACAAUUGUAGGGAUACUUAACUAAGGCUAAGUUCCGGCUAAGGUAUUAAUAUUGUGCAGAAAAUGUUGUUUUUUUUUAAAUUUCAAAAAUUAUUUUUUUCUAAUUUAAAAUUAGUUGUUUUUCUACAAUCUAAUCUACAUUUAAUUCAAUUUCCUUGGCUUCAUAGACAGAGUGUCUCACUGCCCUUCUGCACAUACUUUUUUUGAGUAAUGACAGUAAUGUAUGUGUUGUAGAAAUUUAAAAUUCAUUUUCUACUUUUUAGUGUAUUUAAUGCUUAUCUUUUUUAAAAGCAAAUCUAUCUGAUCUGGAGUUCAUAAUGAAAAUUUUUAAUUUGCUCAACUCAAGCACAGCCCAAUUGUUUUCUUCUUGCAAGGUGAGUCCAGUGUCUCUUGAUUUCUCGACUGCCAUUUUAUUCACUUCCUCCAAGUCUGCCUACUCUGGUAACACACUGCUCUGGUAACACCCUGUUCUUGUUUUAAACUAUUCUUGUAGUACCCAUUUCUGAUGCCACCCUUCUGUGACACCAUGUUCUGGUGGCAACAUCUUCUGUUUGCAAUAUACUAUGUCAAAUUGUUCUGGCUAGUGACACCCCGUUUUUGUUGCACUGUGUUCUGAGGGCACCCUGCUCUGGUGAAAACCUGUUUCUGUGGGACACUGUUCUGUUGGUUCAUUGCUCUGGUGACACUCUGCAGUGGUGACAAUCACUGUGGCAGCCUUCUAUGUAAGGAUUCUGCUCUUUUGAUGCCCUGUGGUGAUGGCGCCCUGGUCUGGUGUCAUCAUAUUCUGGUGGCACCCUGUUAUUGUAUUUAACUGAGUUAUGUUAUGGAAAAGCCUCAUGCAAUCUCUGUCAAAUUUUUUUUUUUCAUUGGGUAUCAUCCCCUUUUCUUAGGUUGUCAACCAGUGCUGUCUGCACCCCACUAGUGACGCCACUGGUAAGUCGCUCUGGUAAGUGAAAGUAAUUUUCUUAAACUUAAGAGCUUUGUUUGGACCUGAACAUAAGUUAAGUUUAGCUUUUAUUAUAAGUUUAUAAAUAAGUGUUUGUAACUUUAGCCCAAAAUGAAUAAAAAUAACUUGUUUUAAAAUUAAUAACUUCUACAGGUAUGUGAAGAUGGGAGACAAUGAUCAAUCCCCAAUUAUAGAUCUGGAUGCAAUGGGAAACAAUGAUCAAUACCCAAAUACAGAUGUGGAUGCAAUGGGAGAAUUGACUCUGUCAUCUAUAGAGUAUGGAGCUGGUGAAAAUGUGAUCAUAAGUUAUUUCUUCUUGCCCUACUUUCUUAGAAUUAUAUAAAAAGUUAAAUCUAAAAUUAGUCAAAUAAUUUUGGAGUUCCCCAUUUAUGACAUUGACAUGAUUUAUUCUUUGCUAUUGUUUUACCCUUAGACAUGUCAGAUUUCUUCCUUUACAUGCUAGUGCAAUGCUAGGACGUAAUCAGGCUAAUUGUUAUUAAUUAUAGGGACCAAAGAUAAAUCCCCGGACCCAUACAUACAUAGCUAACAGGCCUGUUGCUCUACUCAUUUCAAAUCAUUUACGGCUAAUUAAUUUAACCUAAUUUAAAAAUUAUUACUUUUAUGAACAAAAAACGGAUUUAAAAUUACAGAAGAAUUUUAUUGAGGUUCCCUGAGCUUAAUUUUUUGCUCAUAGUCUUAGCUACAGUUUUUUUGUUUUUUUUUAAAAUUUGGUAUGAAUGAAUAACAGUUUAUUUGAAUAUUAUAUUUACAUGGAUAAAAACAUAGACUAGGUAUGGUGUCUCUGAUAGAACAUAUACGCACAUAGUGAAUCCAUGACACAAAUCUUAUGCCAUUGCAAUCAUUGACAUCAAGUCCAACCCAAUGCCAAUGUCACAAUCAUGCUUCCAAUGCUUCGACUCUACACUAAUUUAGAAGCUGUUUUAUAUAUUUUAUAUGAGUUUUUAAAGGAUCAAUUCAAUUCCUUCUCUAGGUGAAUGAUGACAGUGAGAUGCCAGCGCUACAAGAUGAGCGAUUUGGAGAAAGGUAGAAUCUUAUUACUGUUCAUACAUGAUGACUGAAAGAUGCCAGGGAAAAUCAAACCAAUUUAAUCAGCUUAAUCAAUAAAAAUUAUAAACCAGUCUAUUUCCCACUUGAAAACAAAAAGCUAAAAUAAAAAAUGAUAGCCGAAUUGUAGAUAAUUAUAUAUGCUACAAGUAAGCAACUUAGAAUUAUCGUCAUGGUGACAUUUAGUGACUUUUACGCCAUGUUGACAUUUAGUGACCUUUACAUCAUGGUGACAAUAAGUGACUUAAUUACUUUUACAUUCAAACAAUUACCCCAGAUUCCCUAGAAAACUGUUUUAUACAGUUAUGUCCUCUCCGAACUUCCCAUUCCAUUUCCCAAAUCCCACUGAUGUGUGGCAUGUCAACAAAACUCUUUUUAAUACUGUAACCUCUCUCCCCCCUCCCCCCUUUUUUUGAAAACAUUUUAGCACAUGGCAAGUAUUUGUUGAAAAAUAGUGGGCAAUACAUUUGAUACUUUUUUUUAAUUUAGAAAAGAUAAUUUUUUAAAAAUUUGAAUUACUUUUAUUUCAUCAGUUUUUAUGCACUAUUACAAACAUAGUUUUAAAGGUUGUCAUUAAAUUUGAAAAAUAUUUGUUCAGAUUAGAGUGACUAGAAGUUUGAUAGGAGAUUUCAUUAAAUUUUGAAAUAUUUGAUAUAGUGUUAAUAGUAAAGCUUUUUUUUUUAAAAAAACAUAAUUUUUUUCUUCUUAUGCCUUUUAGUUUUAGGGUCUGGGUUAUUAUUCUUAAAAAUGUAGGAACCCAUGGUAUACAUUUUUAUUAGAUUGUAUUUUUCAAAUCACUUUUUGAAAGAUGAUGUUCCGGGAGGAACUGAUCUUUUUGACGACCAAUAAAAUCUUACACCAGUUGAGGUAUAGAAAUAUUUAGUAUUUUUAACAUAUGGGGCUGUGUGGUCAAGUGUGUUGACAUAAGAUGACAUACACACUAGUGGGCGAGAGUUUGAACCCCAGAGAUUUACAGAGAAAUCAUCACCUGUACUCAGGGCAGAUGGACUUAUCAUCAUGCAUAAAGACUUCUAAGAGAAGGAAAACUAUGACAGGCCCAUGAAGCCACCGCUUUGUGGCAGUGUAAAGAAAGCUGCCCAAGAAAACAAAAAAGAGAAAAAAAUCAGAUGUGUGACCUCCAGUCUAACCAAUGUACCUCCUGCAACACCUUCCCAUUACAAGUGGACCGAACAACCUCAACAUUACAGCAACUGAAAUAGCCUGAGUCAUUGGAAUUGUAAUACAAAUAUUUUGACAUAUUCAUUUUUAUAGAUAUAUACUCCAUCAAACGAUAUGCACAAAUUUGUUCCAUCAGAUUCGGCAAGGACUUUGAUUUCAUCAAAGAAAUUGCAUCUGGUUCUUUUGGUCGUGUUAUUGAGGCAUCUAACAGAAUAGAUAAAAAACACUAUGCAAUAAAGAUCAUUCAACUUCCAAAAAGGUAGAAAUUAUGAAGUAUACCCAUUUGUUAACAAAACUAAUAUUCCAAAUUUAAUGUAAACACCACUGCACACUCUCGUUAACAGUGUACUGUUAAAUAUGAAAUAUAAUAUUCCCUAGUUAUAUUAUUAAAAUAAAUUAACAUUAAAUUUCUAUUAAUAUCCUUUUGUAAUUCAUUAUGGAAUAUACAUUUCUUAUGUUUCUCUCAAGCAAAGAUGCAGAGAAAAAAGUCCUCGGGGAGGUGAAAACUAUGGCUAUUUUAAAGGAUGAUCACAUUGUGGGAUACAACACAGCUUGGAUUGAUCCAUCACCUGACGGUCAAAAGUCACAUCUGUACAUUCAGAUGGAGCUUUGUGAGAAAACUCUAAAUGACUGGCUUUUUGAAAAGAAUACUCGGGAUCGCAUUCAAGUAUUGACUUACUUUCGACAAAUUGUCUUGGCUGUUGAUGCUAUUCACAGCAAGAGCUUCAUCCACAGAGAUUUAAAAGUGUGUAAAAUAUAACAAACAUUUAUAUGUAUAUAUAUAAGCACACAGUAUAUAGGAUCUACUUGUUCAUACGACUGUUAAUUCAUAAGUCAAAUCCCUCAGUUGAUAAACUAUGGUCAAUUUUCGCUCAAUUAACUUUUUUCUGGCAGAGCUCCCCAUAAAGCAUGACUGACUGGGUUUAAAUCAGCACUGUUAGUUGACCACCUUACACUUCAAUGAUGGUGAUAGUGUUCUAAUUUAAAUGCAAAAAGUUGGCAAUGUCCCGUUCUGGCAAUGACAUUUAGCUUGAGUAUCAUGAAGUGACCGGGGGGUAGAGGGGGGGCUGUCAGGAUCAGAGUUUUCCCAUUAUCUGAAGCACCAACUGAAGCAAAGAUCAGCUGAUGUUGGCAAUGACCAAGCUUUGGAGAAAUAUUUUGAAAUUCUUUAUUGACAGUAGCAUAAAUAGAUGAUGUCCACUCUAUGGAAAAGUUUAUUGACAUUUUUCAUCAUAGAUCAGCAAAAUUGCUAUAUUUAACAAAAUAAUUAAACUAUAUAUUAUACAAUCAUAUCCUCUUUUUUUUUGCCCAACCUGUAUAAACGUAUAUGUGUGGUUAUAUAUAUUUAUAUAAAUACCUAUGUGUGUACACAUUUUUUUAAAGAUUACAUAUUUUAUACCUGAAAAGGCAAAAAAGGUUGAGUAUUUUGAUUUUAUUUUUAACUCUCAACACAGCCCACAAACAUUGUAAGCUCUCAGAGACUAGUGAGUUAACAUUAUUGAUUGUGAGUGUGAUAUCAGUAUGAAUUGGGAAUGAGAUAUUUUAAACAAUAUAGUUUACUUUCAGUGGUUAUUAAACUCUUUUAAUUUAAUUAAUUAUCUGUAAUUUAUUCAUUCUCAGCCAUCAAAUAUUUUCAUCUCCAAAAAUGGAGUAAUGAAAGUGGGGGACUUUGGACUGGUGACAAUUCAUAGUGUCAUAAAUGAAUUGGAACAAGAUGCUGAGCCAGGCACGACUAACAUACACUCUAGACACAAGUACACACGUUUGUAUGCCAGUCCUGAGCAAGUAAGUUCAAUUAGUUUAAGUCAGAUUCAAUAAUAUAGCAAUAACAUGAAAUGCUAAUGGACCAUAAUAACCAAGACAAAAAAUAGUUGGUGGUAAUGUGGGGGAUGGUGCUUUUCCCCCUACUUUUCCUACUAACUAUAGAGAGGAUGAUAAAGACAAGGUAUCUAGUGGACUGUCCUUAGCUUACUAUACUUUUCCUACUAACUAUAGAGAGGAUGAUAAAGACAAGGUAUCUAGUGGACUGUCCUUAGCUUACUAUACUUUUCCUACUAACUAUAGAGAGGAUGAUAAAGACAAGGUAUCUAGUGGACUGUCCUUAGCUUACUAUACUUUUCCUACUAACUAUAGAGAGGAUGAUAAAGACAAGGUAUCUAGUGGACUGUCCUUAGCUUACUAUACUUUUCCUACUAACUAUAGAGAGGAUGAUAAAGACAAGGUAUCUAGUGGACUGUCCUUAGCUUACUAUACUUUUCCUACUGAAUACUUUUGUUGGAUAGUGAUGAAGACAAGUCAUCUAGUAGACUGACUUUAGCCUACUUUACCUUUCCUACUGACUAAAAAUAAUAAUAAUAAUAAAGUGUAUUUCAAAAACACGCUUCAUCCCCAAAGGCUCGAAGCGCGGUAGAUAGAGAGGAUGAUAAAGACAAGGUAUCUAGUAGACUGACUUUAACCUACUAUACUUUCCCUGCUAAACAAUGGUUGGAUAUUGAUGACAGCCUUCAACCAAUUAAAAGACUUGAGCUUUGUCUAUGACUAGGGAUUAGAGAGGCGUAAAAUUGUUUAUAAUUCUAACAGAUACCCAGAGUACUUAAAUUUUAAGAGUUUGUCUUUCAUUUUUCAGCUUGAAGGCGAGUGCUACGACUGCAAGGCUGACAUCUUUUCACUGGGACUCAUCUAUCUGGAACUCUGUAUUCCAUUGCAAGUUGAGGAGAGAGAGGACAUGUUUAAAAGAGCGAGAGAAGGACGAUUUCCAAGAGAGGAAAGAUUCCCAGACCCCAGGGUAAUUAUGUAAUUACUUUAUUUAUUGUAAUAUGAACAAUUUACUUAGUUUUAGUAACGAAUAUGUUCUACAAAUAUACACCUGUGCAACAGCUGAAUGUGAAAAUUUGGCAGGGGAGGAAGCUUGAGAAGUACCCCAGACUUAUUUACUGUGGAGUUUUGGUGGCCUAACACCCCAUCCACUCCGUCUACUCCUGAACGUCUUCUGUGGGGGGGGGGGGGGGGGAAUAGAAAUAUGGUCCUGAAAAGACAUACAAUCAGACUGUAAAAAUCAUCUAGUACUAACAGUUCUUGAUUUAUGAAUAUUUGCUAAGACCAAAAUUAAAAGUUUUUUUAAUACAUUAUAUAAUUUUGGAUAUGAUUUAUAUUAAAAUUAACUAUUUACGGUUGUAUCUUGUUUCACUUUUGCUUACCGUUUUUUCUCAUUUAGUUUAUUUUUGAAGUAUAUCCAUGAAAUAAAACGUACACAUUCAGUAUGUAAUAAAAUGCCUAUUUUAUUUAAGAAUUACAGCUAAUAUAUAGGAUGGCUUUGUAUGAGUAUGCAAAUGGUGAAUAUUGUGUUGGUUUCACACAUAAUGAUUAACAACGAACAUAACUUGUUUGCAAAUCGAGAACUGCCUGUAAAUGAGAUCUCACACUUGUUGACCUAUCUAAAUAGUAGUAAAGCUACAACCACACAAUAAAAAACAUGUCUAAGAAAGAAACUUCAUUGGUCAGGUUCAACUGUGACGUAUAAAACUCUGAUUUGAAAUGCAAAUCCUCUCAUCUCCGUAUUUAGGAACUGACCAUCUGUCAUUUUAUUUGAAAAAAUUCUUUUGUCAGUGAUUGGCUAAGCAAAAAGAAUCAUUAAAAAAUUUGUCCUAUUAUUAGUUUUAUUUUCAUUACCAGUUGUGGAACAGGAAAUAAUUAAUUUUGUAGGAAUAAACAGCCUUAAAAAUAAGAUAAACUGCUCAUUUUAUGAAUAGAGAAUUGUUCAAACUUUGAGUUGUUGCUUUAACCAUUUUACCAGUUGUUGACAGCACAAAAUAUUCUGAUACUUUUUCUUACAUCAUAUGAGCUCUUUGUGCAAGUAGUUGCCGCUAUUAAGUGGAAUUCCAAAUGGAACCUCUAUUGCAUCAGCUUCUUUCACAACACCAUCUCAAUUGUCAUUGUUUUCAAAUGCCUUAAGAUCUUCUUUGUUGGAUUUUAGCAGAAGCUCUGCUGAUAAAUAAUCAACUGAUGAGUUUUGUGAUUCUUGCGACAGUGAAUUGACUGCCCCCAAUAACUUUUCUGAUGAGUUUUGUGAUUCUUGCGACAGUGAAUUGACUGCCCCCAAUAACUUUUCAGCCACAUGCAGAAAUGAUAUUGAAUUAAUUCUUUUUCGCAACCUUAGAGAUUCUUGUAUGUUCAACUCACCAUACUGGUGGAACACUCAAAUCUUGUAUGUUCAACUCACCAUACUGGUGGAACACACAAAUCUUGUAUGUUCUACUCACCAUUCUGGUGGAACAUAAUUAAAAGUUAUAAUUAAUUAGCACCGGUACAUGAUUCUCAGACACCCUUUAUAUGUACAUAUUAUGUUUUAAAUUCUUGUCUAGUGCAGAGAUCUUCUACAUGAUAUGCUUGUAAAGAAUCCUGCAAGAAGAUCAACAGCCAAGGAUAUCUUAAAACAUCCAGUUUUAUAUCAAAAUAAAAAUAAAUUUGCAAUACAUGGAAACCAAAGUAAGUAAGCCUAUUAUACUAUUGCAGGAAAAUUAUAUUAAUUUAGCUCCCAGCCUUAACUCUUUCUCUCACGAUCAAUGCUUCCAUCGUCGAUUUUAAGUUAAGCUUCUGUCUAGUACUAGUAAUGAAAGUUUCGGAAAGAAAAAAUAAUAAUUCAUCAGCUUAUGAACAACCAGCGCCCAACCCCCCCCCCCUUUCUUCCCCAGCUAAAGUAUCUUGUAGAAGAGCUAAUACUGUUCUUACUAUAUAUAAUUUAGAUUCUAAUUUUAAAAAAGCUGCUGAUCUUGCACUAAAACUGAGUGCAAUUUCAGAUUUUUCCCUAUAAGAAAUGUAGAUAUAAAUUUGGAGCUUGUAUAGCGACUAGUAAGUCAAAACACCUUGACUGUUCUUUUUACUUUGCUAGACACAUUAUUCACAAAGUUUGUACUCUCAAUAGAUAAGUAUGCUCCUUUAGGAUUAAAAUCGACACUCCAAAAUUCAAGAGAUCUAUUUUUAUAGACUGGAAAACCUUUCAAUAAUUAUGAGACCUGCAAAUUGCUAGCGAAUGUUUUUGUUACAUUUUGGAUUAUAAAUUUCUAUUUGUGUGACUUGGAAUGCGUGUUUGGCGAACAUUUGUUGAAUUUUUUUAUUUAAAAUUUAUAUUUCCCUCAAAUCAAAAUCAUGUUUAUAUAUUAAAAUUUAAACCUAAGUCUGUAUUGCCUGUAAAGAGCAUGCAUUCCCCAUUUACUCCAUACCAAACAUAACAUUUUCUAAUGAAAAAUAAAAACAUGGUAGUGCAUAACAAAUUUGCAAAAUGGAUGAUUCAGUGAGAACGAGGAAAAUAUUUCCGGACACAAAGAGUUAAGAAGACAUUAUCAGAAUACUCUAACUCAGAGCUUUCCAGCCCAUGUGUCGUGACAUGUUGAUGCAUACAUGUCAACCUGUAUGUUUUACCCAUACUUUGUACAGUAUUUAUACAGUUGUCGGCCACAAAGGCUUUUGUACAGGAUUUUCUCUGGAUUUAGGAAGAAAUAUUUUGUGCACAAGAUAGACAUACAAUUCUGGUGAAUUUCACCUUGGACAACGAGAAGCUUAAAUCCUUUUGGUCUGUUCAAAAUGACCAAGUUGAGGAUCAGUGGACAAAUGCUUUUGGUCUGUUCAAAAUGACCAAGUUGAGGAUCAGCUGACCUUCUAAAUUUAGAAACAGGGCAGUUUCAUUGACGCCAUUCAUUAAUACUAAGAUGGCCAACAGCAUUGUCUGGUAAUAACAACAACUCACCAUCAUCAUCAGUGGCGUUACAGCCCAUGUAGCUCCACCUGUUUCACCACAUCCUUCCAUUCAGAUCGAUCCAUGGCUUUCCGCCUCUAUGCGCAAACCCUGCAACUGGUGUAAGCCCUUCUCUACAUCGUCAAUCCAUCUCAGUCUUGGUCGACCGGUGAGCGUCUCCCCCUAGGGUUCUGCCUGUAUAUUACUUUUGCUUCUCUACAAUCCGGCAUCCUUUCAAUAUGUCCUGUCGAGCGCAAUCUUCCUUGUUUUUUAUUGUUGCGUCUGUGGGUGGGUCUUUGUACAAUUGGUAUGGCUCUUGGUUUAUGCAGAUUCUCUAAAAAUCACUGUCUGUCACUGGGCCCUAUAUUUUCCUCUCCCAUGUAUUGAGCAGGUUCUCUGCUUUUCUGUUAAGGGACCAAGUCCACGUCUUCCUACCAUACGUUACUACUGUAGUGGUAGUGGUGUAUAUUUUCAUCGGGUGAAAAGUAAGGUUAUAAGUUGAAGGUAAACUCAAUAACUUUGUCAAGACGGACAAACUUUGUUUUACUACAUUAAUUUAAAUUCAGGAACUUGUAUUAAUACAGCUAGCAUAAUUAACCGAAAUGUUAGCUCUGACUGCUAAAAAACUACAUAUACAUCUCUAUCAAAUUAAGAACACAUGAGAUGUGUCAUAUUAUCUGUGUUGUUAUUACAGUUGACAUUUGUGUCUGCAUCUCUUAGAUAGGAGCUUAGUUUAAUCUCCACUACUCAUAAAACUUCAUCAAACAACCCUUCAAAACAAUUUUUAAAAAUAAAUCCUUUAUAAAUAUAAAAUGUAACAUCGCGCAUGGAAAGGGGGUGGAGGGGGGGUGUUUGUGCUGAAAAUGCAACAAAACAUGCAUACAGGUAACACACUUUAUAAGAAUCCCCACUAGUCCCCCCACCCCGGGCUCGCAGUCGCACUUUUUUUCAUGCUCCUGAACUAUAUUAAUAUUUUAAGGGCCCACCUGCUUUGACACCGCAGAUUUAAUUCACCAACUAUUUCAGAAAAACAAAAGAAAAUAUUAUGCACCAACGCACUUGCAAUUUUUAAAGUUUUUAAGUUAAAAAAAAAAAAGACUCACUUAGCGCAGUUAUCCUUUCAUGUUCCCCUUGAAAAACAAAAAAAAAACUGAUUUUGUGGGGUUGGGUUGGGGGGUGGGACCAAACGUUUGAUAGAAUGUGUUGUGAUUUGUUGUACUGAAAUAUUACAUUGACUGUAAGGGACCCAGCUGUUGCUCUUUGAUGGCCCCGACAAGUAUGGAACAGGCCUGCCUCAAUCGUCUCUAGUGGAGCCCCCCUGUGCUCAUUUUGGAAACUCGACUUGUUAACCGGUGUGUUUGAUAAGGUCAGACAUAUAUCAGGUGGUUCGCCGCUAUCCUGGGAUGAUCUCUUUUGGAUCAAGCGUAUAUUCUCCCUGUUCCCUGGUAAAGGGUGCUUGUUCUCGAGUGAAUCGACCACAUCCAUAAAGGAGGGUCUUUUAAGCCUUGUCCGCUUUACCCAGCGAUCAGGUUUCCAUUCUUUCCAUUCAACGGUAUCGCUCUACGGUCAUUAGGAUAGCUUUGUCCCUCCUGAUAUUUAUUUUGAUUAUUUUGUGUAAAAUUCAAAUAUAUUCAUGUUGUAAGAAUCAUUCUUAUUUGGAAAAUGUCUUUUAAAAAUUGUGUGCGUAACAUAUUGUUUUUCUUUCUUUUUUCAUCUAUCUCAUAAGUUCAGUAACUACAUCUAAAUGGUUUGAGAAGGCACUAACUGUAAAAUAUUUUAAUUUCAGGCACUCAUUUUCAUAACAUACAAGCCAAACAUCUGGUGAUUGGAACAGGAGCUGUGAUGAACAUCAAUUGUGGACUCGGAAACCAGACUAAGAAAAUUAAGAUUUCCCCUCAAAAACCAUUGACUAGUAAGUAUAAUGUUGUUGAGUCUAGAGGUAUAAUUAAAUUAAGCAUGAUGACACGUUGUCAGCAUUGAAACAUUCCUUAAUUCUGAAAGUAAGACUGAAGACAUCAAUUUACAUAGAUCACUUCCACUGUCAAGUAAGUUGGUUUGAAAGGUCCACUACCUUGUUCUGUUUCUCAACCCCUUCAUCUCCCAAGUGCCAGCUGGUGGUGGCAGGACUCCUCAUGAUACCUCUUUGCCAGCUUUAGUCAUAAUCUUCAGUAGACAACAAAUCCUAAAGACCCAGAAUAUUCUUUGUGUUGUGUACAGCUUGCGUUAAAUCGUAUCACAAUGUGACCUUCCCCAGUCUUCUUUUUUCAGACAAUAAUUUUUUUAAGGCUAUCGGUUCAAAAUAACUGUUAUUCAGCCAAAACUAUAUAUCCAUGUUAUGGUUCUUUGCCAUGCACUCACAAAAGAAUUUUUAAAACUAUGAUAAAAUAACAUUUGCUCACUUGAAAUUAACUGUUUCAUCAUUAUAACGCUAAAAAGAAGUAACUCAAAGAAAUUAUUCCUUUUUUAAGUUAACAGUUCAAUCAAACUUAACUAACUCUUUCCCAAUACCUGGUACUAGCCCAACAAAGUUAUUCCUGCAAUAAUUUCUCUUCAUUGUAGUUUAUUUAUUGUUCGAAUUGAUUUGCUUAUCUUGUUUUGAAAUUGACACAAGCCCUGUCCAUGUUAUGUACAGUUCAGUUAUUUAGUUUAUCAAAUUUAGAUAUUCAUGAAGAUAAAGCAUUUCCUAAAAAUAAUGCAGUCUAGCAGUUUGUGUAUAUUUCUCCCACUUUUUACAUAAAUUUUCUUUUGUGAUUUUUGGAAUAAUCAGAACAAGUAGAUGAUAUUGUAGUUUUUUAAGGUUCAAGAAUUACUGCUUUAAGAGUGAUUAUUGUUUUGGUAUGUGAAGUUGUGAAUCUGAAUGUCAUUAAAUAUUUCUUGCCUAUUUCAAGUUUGCAUUGCUUUUAUUUUGUAAUGUCAUAUACGAGUCAUCUCCUCAUAUUCUUGUAUUUCAAUUUGAGUUGUUUCUUGCUCUCCCAAAACUUGUUCUUUCUCCCCAUUAUCUUCACUAGUUCUUUUUUUAGUCAGACAAAUAACCUUCGUUUACAGUAUUGUCCACACAAAUAGCUUCAAAAGAUGAUUUGUUUAGCUUCCUUAGAUACAUAAUCCAUGGUAAAAUGCCAGCAAGGCUGAGGAAGUGUAGAACUGUGAAUAAUUACUUGCUCAGAAAUUGACUAACAAAACCACUACCCUAUGGUUUUGGAUGUUACCCUUUGUGGUGUAACUAAGGACUAUGUCAAUUUAAAUGUGGCUAAGUAUGGCCAACACCAGUAGAGGGAACAGAGUUGAGAUAAAUCACCUUAGAUGAUAUCACUUCUAGAAAAAAAAAUCUUUUCCUUAUCUCUGAAUUGCAUUGCCAUGUACUGAAAGUUUGCAUGUUGAAACCAAAACUAGGUUUGCACCGAUUAGCGAAUAGGUUGAUAACAAAUUAAUCGGCCUGAUAUAUUCACCCGAUUAAUCUGUCGCCAUUAUUUAUUUAGCUUUGAAAUGCCUAUUGAAAGGAUAAAUUAUAGGUAAUUCUUAUAUUAUUAAUAUAUCAUAAUUUAUCAUUAUAAUAGAACUGAUAUUUGGGUUACAGAGUAAUGGUGAAUCAUUAUGAAAAUAAGCGGCUCAAGAAAUAGAAGGGAGUAGACAAACCCAUGACCCAAAUCCUCUUCUGCAAAGUUAAUUUCGAAUCAUUCAGUGACAUGGCUAGAACUAUGCCAUUUAUUAGAAAAGCUUAUCGCACACACCCAAGGCUGACAUUAUUCAAGUUUCCUAGCAGUUUUAUGGGGCAAAGCAGCACCUGGAGUAACUUGUCGUCAUAUACGGGUCAUGAGUAGACAUAAGCCGCACCUGGGGUAACUUGUCAUCAUAUAUGUGUCAUAGAGUAGACAUAAAUUUAUAGUAAAAUUAAAUACAGUUUGCAAAAAUUCACAUUUUGAAACAAAAUUAUAUUCCUCUUUUCAUUGUCCAAAAAAAAAUAAAUCUAAAAUAGUACUAGUAACUAUAGUCUGGGCAGUGGGCGGCAAACCACGGCUCCAGAGCCACAGCCGCAUGCAGCUCUUUUGACAGAAUACAUGCAGUUUUUUAAUUUUUGCUAAUGUGGUUCCCAAAAUAUUUUCUUGGCAGCUAUACUUUAUUAAAAAAAUGUUGCCAGCCAGCCCUUGGACUAGGACAAACAGUCACUUGCCUGCUUCAUUACCAGCCACCUAACACUAAAAAAACUCUGCAGUUUGCCGCAAAUGCUGCCCCUCAAUAUAUUGAAAAAAAAAGUGCUGCCUAUGGUCAAUGGCCAAGCUGCACACCCUUCCAACAUCAGUGAUUGUGAGCAAUCUAACCCUGUGGUUAAAGGAAGAGCAGCAUAUGACCUAACACGCUAGUGCAGCUUUCACUGCUAGGAAAUAACCAAGCAAAAACAUCUGAAGAGUUUGUUGCAUCAUAUCAAACUAUGGAAGACUUGGGAGCUCAGGAAAAAAAAGAGUAAUUUUAUAUAGGGGGCCGCCAUGUCCCGUGUAAACACUGAGGAGAUCUCAGGAAAAAAAAAGAAUAAAUGGAUGGGGUUGGUGUCAUGUAGGGUAGCACACUUUGUCUUGGAAAUACCUUAUCUAGUACGUUGAAAUCACAUUAAACAAUAUUUUAUUGAAAUUAUCUAAAUUUACAUCUCAUAUCUAGAGUAGGCUGAUUAGCUGAUUAAUCUGUCCCAAAAAGCUGAUUACAGAUUACUCUGUAAAAUGGCAUAUUGGGCCAAUUACCGGCACCGAUUAUCUGCCGAUCAAUCUGUGCAACCCUAACCAAAAGCCCAAAACCUUUGAAAGGGAAAUGUAAAAAUACAUUUUAAAUAUCACAUUUAAUGAAACAAAGCAAUGAAUCAUCAAUUUAAUUUUAAAAUUUUAUUAUCCUGUCACCAUUUUUAUGUGCAUUAUUAGUAGCAAGUUGUGAUAUAUUUUUGGUUUAUUUCCUCUUCAGAAUCACAAGAGCAGCCAUCAACUGAUCAGUUACUGGAUAUCAAAGAAAAAGUUGGUCAAGACUGGAAAGAUCUGGGUCGUCGGCUUAAUUUUGAUGACUCGGUUUUAGAACAAAUGCAUGAAGAGAAUCAAACACUUGAUGAACUUAUCUAUCAAAUUUUGCGCAGAUGGAAGCAAAGAGAAAAUGUAAAUGCAACUAGAGAACGACUUGCUCAAGUAUUUAUGAAACUUGAUCGUGGUGAUCUGGCAGAUAUACUGGCAGAUGAUUGAACAAAUGAUCAGUUUGGGAACGCCUCAGUAUUUAUAUAACUAUAAAUAGAUUGAGGUGUUCUGACAGAUGAUUGAAGAUAUGAUAUUCAUUGAUCUCGCCAAAGUUAAUGAACCAUGAUUUUUUUUUCCCUUAUCACCAUGAUGUUCAUAGUUCAAUUGCUCAGGACAUUAUGAUUAUGUCGAGAUUGAUCUUAGAUUAUCACUGUCAGCUCUGUGUCAAAGGAAUACAUGAUAUUAAUUUUGAAUUUUGAGAUUGGACUAUUUUUUUGUUGUUGUUUGUUUGUAUCAUGAGCUGCCAUGUUUUAAGACAAGGAAUACUGACCAUGGCGUCAAUUUGAGUUUUUCUUAAUUUUUUUUUUUUUAAUUUCAAAUAUAUUUUUUGAAAUAGUUUUUUCCCUUGAUCACACGAUGUAAGGCUGUGAUAUUCAAGAAACUUUAUACUGGAAGAGAGUAGUGGUAAAGUACAGGUAAUUGCAAGUUAGCUUAGCCAAAUGAAAUUGGUGACAGUAAACAUUUGGUGCCACAUAUUUACAAUGUGUAUAUAUAUCCUAAAAAAUAUACCAGAUCUAUUGCUGUUUCUGCUAAGUGAUUGGUAUUUGUAGUGUGGACUUGUUUUACUGUCAUUAAAUGAUUUUUGAAAGAUACAUUAAGCUUUUAAUUAAACAUGUACUUUUUGGUUCUGUAAUGGUUACAUGUAAUCGAUCAUGAAUCUAGAAAAAAGAUAAUAGGUUUUUGCAGAAAUUGUUUAUAUUGUAAUCCAGUUACUAUGAAAGCAAUAUUUUUGAAAUUUUAUUUAUAUAGAACUAUAAAUUAUCUUCUUUACCAAGAAUAAAAACUAUGCAGAUAUUAUUCUAUGAUUCCAUAUGUUUCCACAUAUUUAACUCUGAUGAUCACAUUCUCAUUAUCUGUAUGAAUGAUCAUUUUUAUAAACAUUUAAUUUUCAAAGGUUGAUUUCAUAAAAAUUAUAUUUUUUCAGACGAUCUUUAAAUUGUAUUGAUAUUUGCACAAUUUCUAUCCAUACGAAUUGAGAAAAAAUAAUUGAUGUCCUCUGUCUUUUUCGUGUUAAUUUCUCACUGUAAAUUAAUAUCCAAAACUAUUGUCUUAGGUUUAAAAAAACAACAUCACUUGACUUGAUAGUCUUGUAUCACUUGACUUGAUAGUCUUGUAUCACUUGACUUGAUAGUCUUGUAUCACUUGACUUGAUAGUCUUGUAUCACUUGACUUGAUAGUCUUGUAUCACUUGACUUGAUUGUCUUGUAUCACUGGACUUGAAAUUCUUGUAUCACGUGACUUGAUAGUCUUGUACCACUUGAAUUGAAAUUCUUGUAUCACUUGACUUGAUAUUCUAGUAUGACUUGGCUUGAUAUUUUUGUAUGACUUGGCUUGAUAUUUUUGUACAAACAUACUGACAAGAAUGAAGAAGACUGUUUUGAAUUGGCUCAUGGUCUUUCAAGUUUAUUCAAAUUCAAAAGGACAAUUUUCUCAAUUCUACUUCCUGCAUCUGAUUGCUGUAACAUUUUAUGGUGUGUUAUUAUAUGACCUUUUCAUAGUAGCCUUUACUAUAGUGUAUGUCAUGAGCAGAUGACACAUCUGUUGUACCAUGUAUGGCCUUUACUAUAAGUUAUCAGCAGAUGACACAUCUUUUGUACCAUGUAUGGCCUUUACUGUAAGUUAUCAGCAGAUGACACAUCUGGUGUACCAUGUAUGACCUUUACUAUAAAUUGUGAGCAGAUGACACAUCUGUUGUACCAUGUAUGACCUUUACUGUAAAUUGUAAGCAGAUGACACAUCUGUUGUUCCAUGUAUGGCCUUUACUAAAAGUUAUCAGCAGAUUAUAUUUUUAGAACCCAUUUAUUUUUUAUGAACUUCUGAAUAAAAAUAUUUGUUUGACAUUCAA